AGAGCUUUGCAUUCUCCCCCGAGUACCCCAGGUGUGUGGCAGCGUGAUGGAAGGGAGCAGGUGAGGCAGAGCCGGCGCUCAUUAGCUGCAGUUAUGGCUGUUUAAUGCCACACGUCCGGGCUCAGGUGUGGAUGAUGUCCCCAGGGUCUGGCAGGUUCUCACCAUGGCUCCGUUACUAAGGCUUACAGUGAGCUGCACAGCGCGGAGCAGUCAGGGUUUGUCAGCAGUCAGGGUACAUAGCUCUGCAGUGCAGGUAGAGUCAGCACCGGGACCCCAGCCACAAUGAAUACCUUAACACAGAUGAUGUCCCAUCGCGCCCAGAGGAUGGAAAAAGAAGAGAUCAAAGCCUGGACCAAACCCAUGGAAAGAACUGAAAACCCCAGCACCCAGAAACGCGCCUGGAUCCUGGACCCUGCAGGAGGCUGGUAUUACACCUGGCUCAACAUCAUGGUGAUUCCAGUGACGUACAAUUGGGUCAUCAUCAUCUGCAGGUCCUGCUUCACCGACAUCCAGCACAAGUAUCUCAGCGUGUGGCUCAGCUUGGACUAUCUGUGCGACAUCAUGUACAUCAUGGAUAUAAUCGCCAGCUUCCAUACAGGGUUUCUGCAAGAAGGGAUCCUGGUCACAGACAGGAACCAGAUCGCCCGGAAUUACGUGUUCUCCGCAAAGUUCCGUUGGGACAUCCUUUCCAUUCUGCCAACCGACUUCCUUUACUUCAGAUUCGGCAUCCACACCCCUAGUGUACGCGUCAAUCGCUUUCUGCAUUUCCAUAGACUGUUUGAGGCCUUUGACCGCACAGAGACACGUAUCCCAUAUCCCAACGCUUUCCGCAUCUGCAAGCUGAUGGCCUAUGUCUUUGUGGUCAUCCACUGGAACAGCUGCAUCUACUUUGCACUGUCCGGCUAUGUCGGGUUUGGCAAAGACGCCUGGGUCUACCCCAACAUCUCUGACCCCGAGUUUGGACGCCUGGUGCGUCAGUAUCUCUACAGCUUUUAUUUCUCCACCCUGAUCCUGACCACCGUGGGGGACAUUCCUUCGCCCAUGCAGGAGGAAGAGUACAUAUUCAUGGUGGUGGACUUCCUCAUCGCCGUCCUUGGAUUUGCCACCAUCAUGGGAAGCAUCAGCUCGGUCAUCUCCAACAUGAACAGUGCAGACGAGGCUUUCUACCCCAACUACGACCAGGUGAAGCUGUACCUCAAGAUGUACAAGGUGAACAGGAGUCUGAAGAAGAAAGUCAUUGCCUGGCACCAGCAUCUCCAGAUCAACAAGAAGUUGACCAACGAGAACCAGAUCUUGGAGAAUUUGCCGGAGAAGCUGAGGGUCGAGGUGGCGGUCAGCGUCCACAUGUCCACUAUGAGCAAAGUGCAGAUCUUCCAGAACUGCGAGAAGAGUUUACUGGAGGAGCUGGUGCUGAAGCUGAAGCCGCAGGUCUACAGCCCCGGAGAGUACGUCUGCAAGAAGGGCGACAUCGGCCGGGAGAUGUACAUCAUCAAAGAGGGGAAGCUGGCCGUGGUCGCGGACGACGGGGUGACGCAGUUUGCUGUUCUAGGGGAAGGCAAUUACUUUGGGGAGAUCAGUAUCCUGAACAUCAAAGGGAACACCUCCGGCAACCGCAGGACUGCGAACAUCAAGAGCAUCGGCUACUCUGACCUGUUCUGCCUCUCCAAGGAGGACCUGGGAGAUGCUCUGACCGAGUACCCCGACGCCAAAGCUCUUCUGGAGGAGAAAGGACGUGAAAUCUUACUGAAGAUGAACAAGCUGGACGAGGCCCUGGCCGCGGAGCUGGUGGCCAAGCAGCAGGAGCUGGACAACAAGAUGAGGAGGCUGGAGGUGAAUCUGGACUCCCUGCAGACCAAGCUGGCCCGGUUACUGGCCGAGUUGGAGUCCAGCGCUGUGAAGAUGUGGCAGAGGAUUAAACGCCUGGAGUGGGAGAUCAGCCUGUGGGAGGAUGAGACCCCGGACAGAGCUGUGGAGGGAAAGUGACCACACAGCAGACCCACAGAACUUUGGGGCAGAUGUAUUAACCUGGAGAAGGCAUAA